AUGGCCCCUUAUCGUAAUGUGAGGUAUUGGCUUGGAGAUUUUUGUCAAAGACGUGCAUUGACCAAUAAAGAAAAAUUUAACCAUGGACAUGCAAAACUUCGAAAUGUAAUUAAGUGUGGUUUUGGUGUUUUGAAAGCACGCUUCCGUAUAUUGAAGAGGAUGGCACCAUUCCCGUUUGUGACACAAAGAAACAUUGCCAUGGCAUGUUUCGCGCUUCAUAAUUUUAUAAGGAGAGAAGGACUGAGUGAUGAGUAUUUCGCACGAUACGAUGAAACCAAUGUCUCGUUUCGAAAUAACAAUGUGUUCGUUGAUGAUGAUGAUGAUGAUGAAGGGAUUCCAACACAUGGUACUACAACAGACCGUGAAUAUAUGACACAGUUACGGGAUGAAAUUGUUGAUCAGUUGAUGUACAAUAUAGAUUGA